GCAUGCUCCGUGGGCGUCCUCGACAGGGGUACUGGCGCGCCAGCGGGGCGCAGCCCGCUAGGUUCAGGUCCGGGUCCGGGCGCGGGCAUGGCGGCCAGCCUGUGGAUGGGCGACCUGGAGCCCUACAUGGAUGAGAACUUCAUCUCCAGAGCCUUUGCCACCAUGGGGGAGACCGUGAUGAGCGUCAAAAUUAUCCGAAACCGCCUCACUGGGAUCCCAGCUGGCUACUGUUUUGUAGAAUUUGCAGAUUUGGCCACAGCUGAGAAGUGUUUGCAUAAAAUUAAUGGGAAACCCCUUCCAGGAGCCACACCUGCAAAACGUUUUAAACUGAAUUAUGCCACUUACGGGAAACAACCAGAUAACAGCCCUGAGUACUCCCUCUUUGUGGGGGACCUGACCCCAGAUGUGGAUGAUGGCAUGCUGUAUGAAUUCUUCGUCAAAGUCUACCCCUCCUGUCGGGGAGGCAAGGUGGUUUUGGACCAGACGGGCGUGUCUAAGGGCUAUGGUUUUGUGAAAUUCACAGAUGAAUUGGAACAGAAGCGAGCCCUGACAGAGUGCCAAGGAGCAGUAGGAUUGGGGUCUAAACCAGUGCGGCUGAGCGUGGCAAUCCCUAAAGCGAGUCGUGUGAAGCCAGUGGAAUAUAGUCAGAUGUACAGUUACAGCUACAACCAGUAUUAUCAGCAGUACCAGAACUACUAUGCCCAGUGGGGCUAUGACCAGAACACAGGCAGCUAUAGCUACAGCUAUCCCCAGUAUGGCUACACACAGAGCACCAUGCAGACAUAUGAAGAAGUCGGAGAUGAUGCAUUAGAAGACCCCAUGCCACAGUUGGAUGUGACUGAGGCCAACAAGGAGUUUAUGGAGCAGAGUGAGGAGCUGUAUGAUGCACUGAUGGAUUGUCACUGGCAGCCCCUGGACACAGUGUCAUCAGAGAUCCCUGCCAUGAUGUAGCCAGGACAAAGGACAGCCAGAAUGGACUGUGGAAGGGAGAAAAGACUCCUUUAAAAAAAAAUUCAAGUACUUUUACCUUUUUGGAAAUGUUUUAUAAGAUUUUAAUAAUCAAGCCCUGGCAGGUGUGACUCAGUGGAUUGAGCACUAGCCUGCAAACCAAAAGGUUGCAGGUGAUUUCCAGUCAGGGCACAUGCCUUGGUCAUGGGUAGGAUCCCCAGGUGGGGGCGAACAAGAGGCCACCAAUCACACAUAAAUGUUCCCUUCUCUCCCUCCCUUGCCCUCUAUA